AGGUGUAACUUCAAGUUUAGUAGAUUCUAUAUUUAUGUUUGCUAUUUUUAAACAGUAUACUAUAGUUGAAUAAGGUCAGAUAAUUAUUUUAUUUUAUUGGAAUACAAUGUCAAAAGUAAACGAUAGAGCCCCAAAUUACCAAACGUAUAAGUUAGUUAUAGUCGGAGGUGGAGGUGUUGGAAAAUCUGCAAUAACUUUGCAAUUUAUUCAGAGUUAUUUUAUUCCUGACUAUGACCCCACAAUAGAAGACUCAUACACAAAACAAUGUGUGAUAGAUGAAAUACCAGCAAAAUUAGAUAUCCUUGAUACUGCUGGUCAAGAAGAAUUCAGUGCAAUGAGGGAACAGUACAUGAGGUCAGGUGAGGGAUUCUUACUGGUUUUCUCAGUGACAGAAAAGUCCAGUUUUGAAGAAAUCUACAAAUUCCACAAACAAAUUCUUCGUGUAAAAGACAGAGAUGAAUUUCCAAUGCUGAUGGUGGGAAAUAAGGUUGAUCUUGAAGGCCAAAGGGUAGUUUGGCAAGAAGAGGCGCAAAGGUUGGCAAGACAAUUAAAAAUUCCGUAUAUAGAGUGCAGCGCAAAAAGGAAAAUGAACGUCGAUAACGCGUUUUACGAACUAGUCAGGGUGGUCAGGAAAUUCCAGCUUUCGGAAAGGCCACCCCUAAAACCGAAUUACAUGAAAAGAAACAAGAAAAAAUGCUGUGUGCUUUAAUUCUAAACAAAUUUCAUUGUCUGAAACUACACAUCACUAGCCUAAAUACUUUAUUUUUUGUAUAAUUCCAUGUAUGCCUAAUACCAAAUCCCAUACUCAUUUAAUUACAUAUCUAGGUACCUACCUACUUUAAUCUAAAAAAAAAAAAUUGCUAAGACUUUUUACCAAAGAUUUUUACUCCAAAAAAAUAUAUAGUUUUUUAUAUAAAGAACACUUUAGACAAUAAAUAUGUAAAUUUUGGAGCUAAAAUCUUCUAUUUUUUGGAUUAAAGUAAAAACAAACUCAUUGAACCACGACUUUCAUGAUAUUUUUAAUUAUUACUUACACUUUAAAUGUUGUGAAACCCUUAGGGAAUUGUGGAAUAUUGUCGUAAAUAUUCAUUUAUUUUAUAUAUUUUUUUUCUACAUACUUAUAUACCCUUAUACUAUUUUAAUAUGAUGCCAUACCUAUUUGGCUGGUCCUUAUUUAGGCAACGUCGGAAAAUCUUAAUCUUAAUAUUUUCUAAUUUUAAGAAUUUUGGUGAAUUAACUCCAAGAUUUUUGACAAUGCUUAUAUAAGACCACCUUAAUACCUGUAAUAUUAAGUGCUAAAAUCUAAAUAAAGUUAUUGUUAUAGAUAGAUUUACAAAAAACAGUGUAAUUACCCAAUGUGUAUCAAUGCAUUUUAAUUGUUACAUUAUAUGGGAUAAGCAUUGCAAUGCGUUUAAAAAAUAAAUAGAAUUUAAAACUUAUAGGGGCCAAAGUAUUUAAAAACUGCCUGUAAGUUUAAAUACUCACUUUUAAAUGAAGGUGUAUAUGAUAUAUUUUGUAUAUAAUAAACUAUAUUUGCAAACAAAUAGAGUGAAACAUCAAUUUUAUUUUUAUAUAUAUUAUAUUUUUCUAGACUAUAAGUGUAAAU